GGGUUGUACUAGUGGAUUUUCAUACACACAUAUCGCGCUUUACAAUGCAAAAUAGUAAACAUGUAGCAGCCUCGACAGGUUUGAUUCAUGCUAAACCACAGAUGUUGCGCGCGAGGGAUCGACUGAUAUAAAAGGUUAUGGAUUCAAACCUUCCUUGUUUUAUCCUCUUCAUCUUGAUUGGCUGUGUCAAAUGCUCCUCUGACAACCACCACCACAACGGCACCCGCCGCUAUGAUUACUGCGUGCUGGGAGCCGGGCCUGCAGGCCUGCAGAUGGGCUAUUUCCUCUCCAAGGCUAAAAGAGACUACAUCAUCUUGGAGAGGAACUCAGGACCGGGUAGCUUCUUUAACAAGUACCCCAGGCACAGGAAGCUCAUUAGCAUUAACAAGAUCCACACAGGAAGGCAGAACCGAGAGUUCAACCUGCGCCAUGACUGGAACUCACUGCUGAGCGAUAGACCUGACCUGCUGUUGAAGAGAGUCAGCACUGAGUUUUACCCUCCAGCUGAUGCCUUCCCACUCUAUCUGUCCAUGUUUGUGAAGGAGCUCGGGCUGAAGGUCCGGUAUGGUGUUGACAUUGGAAUGAUCAGGGCAGUGCAGUCAGCCUCUGGCAGGAGCUACAUCCUGACUGAUCAACACGCGGCAGACUACACAUGCAGCGUCCUUCUGGUCGCCACAGGUUUGUGGGUUCCUCAGAAGGUACAGUUUGUCGGUUCUGACCUGGUUGAAGGCUAUGAGUCCAUUUCCACUAAUCCCGAGGACUACAAGGACCAGGCCGUACUUAUUCUGGGCAAGGGGAACUCAGCUUUUGAAACAGCCCAGAGCAUCUUGGGACGAGCCAGUCAGGUGCACAUGCUCAGUUCCAGCCCUGUUCGACUGGCUUGGCAAACACAUUAUGUUGGAGAUCUCAGAGCUGUGAAUAAUGAGCUAAUAGACACAUAUCAGCUGAAGUCCCUUGACGGGUUGGCGGAAGCGCGCCUGGACAAAAUAGGCAUCACUCAACGAAAAGAGCAAGGCGGGAGGAGAUUGGGCGCGCAGAAAAAAGGACAGUUUUACUUGACUUUAAAGAAGUACACACAACACCAGGAGAAGAAGAACAGCUCUGAUGUGACAGGAGAAGAAAUGCCGGGUUAUCACAUUGACAACUUCUCUAUGCGAAAGCCUUACGACCGGGUGAUUCGAUGCCUUGGAUUCCGAUUCAACUUCAGUGUAUUUGACAGCUCCGCUUGCCCACCCAACAGUGACAAUGCAAAAGGGAGGCUGCCGGGGGUGACUGCGUGGUAUGAAGGGAUAAACAUCUCCGGCUUGUUUGUGCUGGGAACCGCUGCUCACUCCAGAGACUACCGCUCCUCUGCUGGCGGCUUCGUCCAUGGAUUCCGUUACACAGCGCGAGCUGUACAUCGUGUACUUGAACAGCGUUACCAUAGUAACCGGUGGCCAUCGACAAAACUGUUGAUAACGCAGCUGCAGUCCUGGAUUCUGAAGAGGCUCGGCGAGGCCUCUGGACCAUACCAAAUGUUCGAGGUGCUUGGGGACGUUAUACUUCUUCGAGGCUCUCACUGUGAAUACGUGGAAGAGUUUACACUCCAGGCCUUGCCUCAGUUCUCCUCUCUCUCGGGCCACGAGGUCUCCAACCAUGGACUGAUAGUUCUAGUGAUGCAAUACGGGCACAAUAAGAUAGACUAUCUGGGGUGGACCAGGGCAGAAACAGACUGGACCAAAGCUUGGAAAUCCAACUUUCUGCACCCUGUUUUAUACUACUAUGACAAGCUUCCUACCGAGGAAGAAAUGAAGCUCCGUCCCCAUGGCUGGCCUCUACCAAGGCCCAAAGCUAUUCAUCACAUGGUUGAGGACUUCCUCGCAGAAUGGGAGACUCCCAUAUCUCAUAUCCAGCCACUGCGGCGCUUCCUGGAGCACUGUGUCCAGACUGACCUCAGGGCCUUCUAUGCGGAAUCAUGUUUCCGUUCAUCCCUUUCCCACCGCAAGCCACCGCUGUUUUGUCAGCAAGGAUACUUGAAGCAGCAGGGUGUUGUUCACAACAGUCAGCUGUGGCAGCACGUUCAUGACGCUGGACUGAUGCCUACUGAGCAAGACGCAGGCACAUCAGGGGCUGACCCCGCAUUCCCCAACUACCUUGCACAAGCUGGAGCCUCCAUGUCUUCAGGUCUGAAACUUGACUUCUGAUUGUUUUGCUCAUGCCUGUUAAAUCUAUGCCUAUGAUGCUGUUUAGGUCCCUCAGACUUUCUACCUCCAGCACCCAUAAUAAUUCCUUCCACAAGACCAAAUAUUUUGACAGAAUACCAUCCGAAAGAUCAGUGGUUCCACAUGUUGUUGGCUUGUGACCCCAAGUGCUGCUUGCAAACCCUUGUCACCAGGUGUAAAUGUCUAACACUUGACUAUUUCAACCAAAGAGUGAUGUUCCUUUCCUUAUUUUGAUGAUGUUUAAGGGUCCAAAGAAGUAAAAUUAUGCAGUAGUUUACAAGAGGAGAGGAAAGUCUGUAAAAAGAAGCAUAAUUUGUGUGUGAACUUGUGUGCAGCAGAUGACUUGUGUGUUUCCUUUUUUGGUAAUUAUCUCACGGCCCCUCCGACUCUCGGGGACCCAACCCCUAGGUUGGAAACCACUGCUUAUCACUGGAGAGGCACCUUGUCCCUUGAAUGUUCCCUUAUUGUUAUUAAUCACACAAUAUUUAAAUGCAUUAUAAUAUGCCAUUUUCAUAUUAUGGAAAUCUAGAUUAUAUGAAUCUUUAUAGGUGGAGGGUGGGUGUUACAAAAUGAUUAUGCAUUAUACAUUUUACAUGAUGUUACAUGAUGAAACAUAUAUUAAAUAGACUGUUUUCAAUUAAAAUAAAUGU